UACGACUAUUUGGCCACAUGUUUUCUAGUAAAUGAUCAAAAAUGUCUAAUUACGUUGAAUGCAAGGGAACCCAAAGGUUACAGGCAACUCAUAUAGAAGCUCUGAAUUUUUAGAGCAUUUUUAUUUGUUGAAUUGAUUACACCUCUUUAGUAUUCAGGUAUAGUCGGUGAAACCACGUACUUUUGCUUACAUGUCCUUUGAUACUUUUUGUUAUCCUAUGUUUAACAUUUUUCUGCGACUCUGGAAGGUACGUAAUGUCAUGCGGGCGAAGAGGCCGGGUAUUUUCCUAAUUACCAGCCCAAGGACUACACUAACAAAUACAUGAACAUACAAUUUCUGCUGCAGCGCCACAGUAUUGGGCUACGAUGUCCAUUUUAGAACUUGACCUAAGGGUCUCCCAAAUUGAAACCUACCAACUAAAUAUCAUGAAGAUCCACUAACAGCUUCUCGCGUUAAUCACAUUUACGUCCAAAUUUAAGACCACGCCACAAAUAAAAGCAUAACCUUCUUGGUGAAGGUAAUAAAUACUUUACGGCACAAAUUGUAUCGUAGUGGACAAACCAUUCUACUAUACACUAUACACAGUAUGCACUAAUAAAAAAAUAGACUACAAUACAGCAGAUGAUCUGAGCUGUGUCUACUAAUCUAGCUAUUUAGCGAUAGAAAGGAAAAUACAGAAAUACAGCACAACUAAUACCUGUCAGAAAAAUGUAAGCACGUAAAACCUUGACCUUUGAACCUUCCAUCCGGGACACGUACAUUACCUGUACUUCAAGUCUUGUCACGAGCUUGCGAACUGACGCAGUAGCACAGCGUCAUGACAAAACCUGGCGACUUUUUUUCUUAUUGGAGGAACCGCUAUGAUAACAUUGACAUGGGUGGCGACCGUGGUCAUAGCUGUACUAGUAGUAAAGGUGACUAUCAGUCUAUGGAACACCGUCAGACGUAACCAGGAAAUAGCGAAGGAGUUCCCGGUACCACCCGGAAGUCACUGGCUGCUCGGACACAUGGUCUUACUUGGUGAUGAGGGUGAAGGAUUAAUGCUGAAAUUUAUGGAGUGGUCGAAGAUCUACAAGUACGCUCAUGUAACCCGUAUGGGGCCGCUUCUUCAACACUGCACCGUGUACCAUCAUGAUUACGUCAAGGCGGUGAUGUCACGGGCAGACAGGAAGGACGACUAUGUCUACAGCUUCUUGAGGCCUUGGCUUGGGGACGGUCUUCUUACCAGCGCCGGGCCCAAGUGGUUCCGGAACCGCCGCCUCCUCACACCGGGGUUCCACUUCGAGAUCCUCAAGCCGUACGUUCGACUCUUCUCACAGAGCACAAACGUCAUGCUGAACAACUGGGAAGAGCUGAAGUCUGGAUCGUCCAUUGACGUAUUUCAUCACACGAGUCUGAUGACGCUGGACAGCAUGUUAAAGUGUGCGCUCAGUCAGCACACAGACUGUCAGACAAGGAAAACGAAUGACUACAUCGCUGCCGUGUUCGAACUAACAGACCUGACCAUGAAGAGGGCGAGGACCUUACUUCUCCGGAGUGAUCUGAUCUAUGCACUCUCUGCAGACGGGAAGAGGUACCGGAAAGCCUGUAACAUGGUCCACGAGUAUGCAAAACGCAUCAUCGUAGAGCGACGAGAAGCCCUGGAUCACGAAGACGCGACAAACAAGAAGAAAAAUAUCGACUUUCUGGACAUACUGUUGAAAGCAAGGGUUCGUAAAUUUUAAUCCUGACUAAAACAAAGAUGAAGAUUUCGCACAACGAUAUGCUGAACUGUAAAUAAUUUUGCGGAAUCAAUUAAGUUGCAUGCUUUUUCUCUGUCAUGAGGUAGAGGGCCAGAAAGUAUGACAUGUUGUAUUGUGUUGCUUACACUGAGCAACUAACUAAGCUUAGUUAUGAAUAAUUCGUAAGGUCUUUCCUGAAUGACAAAAAAUCAAGCCAGGCUACGCACGUGGAGUUUAGGUUCAUUUGAACACCUCUGCAGGAUGAAG